UUGUUUAAAAGACAUUUAAAGUGAUAAAAAAAAAACUGUUAGAAUUGAAAGAGAGCGUGAAUUAGGGUUUUAGCGUCUGAGAAGAAGAAGAAGCGAAAAGAUGAGCAGAAGUUUGGGAAUUCCGGUGAAGCUACUCCACGAGGCCUCCGGUCACGUCGUUACGGUGGAGCUCAAGAGCGGUGAACUCUACAGAGGUAAUAUGAUCGAGUGCGAAGAUAAUUGGAACUGUCAACUCGAAAGCAUCACUUACACUGCUAAGGAUGGGAAAACAUCACAACUUGAGCAUGUAUUUAUUCGAGGUAGCAAAGUCAGGUUUAUGGUGAUACCGGACAUGCUGAAGAAUGCUCCUAUGUUUAAGCGUUUAGAUGCAAGAAUCAAGGGCAAGGGUGCAUCACUUGGUGUUGGUAGAGGCAGAGCAGUUGCAAUGCGAGCCAAGGCUCAAGCUGCUGGCCGUGGAGCUCCACCUGGGAGGGGUGUACCACCAGUGCGGAGGUGAUCACCAUUUAUAUAAUCGCUAUUUUCCCUGGCUGUUGGACGUGGUAUUUAGUUUGAUUGUAGAAGUUUGUGAAAGAAAGAAAUUUGAACUGGAAUUGUGUAUCAAGAAUUCAGAGACCACUCUUUUAUGGAUGGUACUUAAUUCUCAUUGCGUCUAAUCUUUUGA